AUGCUAACCGCUGUCUGCGGCUCUCUGGGCAGCCAGCACACGGACGCGCCUCACGCCUCCCCGCCGCGCCUCGACCUGCAGCCUCUCCAAACAUACCAGGGCCACACGAGCCCGGAGGCCGGGGACUACCCCUCCCCGCUGCAGCCUGGAGAGCUGCAGAGCCUCCCGCUGGGCCCUGAGGUGGACUUCUCACAGGGCUAUGAGCUGCCGGGGGCCUCCUCUCGGGUAACCUGCGAGGACCUGGAAAGCGACAGUCCCUUGGCCCCGGGACCCUUUUCCAAGCUCCUGCAGCCGGACAUGUCCCACCAUUACGACUCGUGGUUCCGGCCAACUCACCCAGGCACUGAGGAUGGCUCCUGGUGGGACCUUCAUCCGGGCACCAGCUGGAUGGACCUCCCCCACACUCAGGGCGCGCUCACCUCGCCUGGCCACCCCGGGGCGCUUCAGGCUGGCUUGGGGGGCUACGUCGGAGACCACCAGCUUUGCGCACCGCCUCCCCACCCGCACCCGCACCACCUCCUCCCAGCCGCCGGAGGGCAGCACCUCCUGGGGCCUCCCGACGGGGCCAAGGCCUUGGAAGCGGCCGCCCCGGAGUCCCAGGGGCUGGAUUCCAGUCUGGACGGAGCAGCCCGGCCCAAAGGCUCCCGGCGGUCAGUGCCCCGCAGCUCAGGCCAGACCGUGUGCCGCUGCCCCAAUUGCCUGGAGGCGGAGCGACUGGGGGCUCCGUGCGGGCCCGACGGGGGCAAGAAGAAGCAUUUGCACAAUUGCCACAUCCCGGGCUGCGGGAAAGCCUACGCCAAGACGUCGCACCUGAAGGCGCACCUGCGCUGGCACAGCGGCGACCGUCCCUUCGUGUGCAACUGGCUCUUCUGCGGCAAGCGCUUCACGCGCUCCGACGAGCUGCAACUUCCUGGGGCCUGCGGUGCUGGGGAUCCCAAAGUCCAGGACUGCCCCCUCCCCUUGGGAGCUGGAGAGGCUGUCCGGCAUCUUGUGCAUUGUUCUGUCUCUUCCCUUCCAGCAGGUCCACAGACCAGCAUGGCUGCCACUGCCGCUGUCAGUCCCAGUGACUACCUGCAGCCCGCCGCCUCCACCACCCAGGAUUCCCAGCCAUCUCCUCUAGCCCUGCUUGCUGCAACAUGUAGCAAAAUUGGCCCUCCAGCUGUUGAAGCUGCGGUGACGCCUCCUGCUCCCCCCCAGCCCACGCCACGGAAACUCGUCCCCAUCAAACCUGCCCCUCUCCCCAUCAGUCCUGGCAAGAAUAGCUUUGGAAUCUUGUCCUCCAAAGGAAACAUCCUUCAGAUUCAGGGGUCACAACUGAGUGCGUCCUAUCCUGGGGGGCAGCUGGUGUUCGCUAUCCAGAACCCCACUGUGAUCAACAAAGGGACCCGGUCAAAUGCCAAUAUCCAAUACCAGGCGGUCCCUCAGAUCCAGGCGAGCAAUUCCCAGACCAUCCAGGUACAGCCCAGUCUCACCAACCAGAUCCAGAUCAUCCCCGGCACCAGCCAAGCCAUCAUCACCCCCUCACCGUCCAGUCACAAGCCUGUCCCCAUCAAGCCAGCCCCCGUCCAGAAGUCAAGUACGACUACCACUCCUGUGCAGAGCGGCGCCAAUGUGGUGAAGCUGACAGGUGGGGGCGGUAAUGUGACGCUCACGCUGCCCGUCAACAACCUCGUGAACACCAGUGACUCCGGGGCCACCGCUCAGCUCCUCACGGAGAGCCCCCCCACACCACUGUCUAAGACUAACAAGAAAGCCCGGAAGAAGAGUCUGCCUGCCUCCCAGCCCCCCGUGGCUGUGGCUGAGCAGGUGGAGACGGUGCUGAUCGAGACCACUGCGGACAACAUCAUCCAGGCAGGAAACAACCUGCUCAUUGUUCAGAGCCCUGGUGGGGGCCAGCCAGCCGUGGUCCAGCAGGUCCAGGUGGUGCCCCCCAAGGCUGAGCAGCAGCAGGUGGUGCAGAUCCCCCAGCAGGCCCUGCGGGUGGUGCAGGCGGCAUCUGCCACCCUCCCCACCGUCCCCCAGAAGCCCUCCCAGAACUUUCAGAUCCAGGCGGCUGAGCCGACGCCUACUCAGGUCUACAUCCGUACGCCUUCCGGUGAGGUGCAGACGGUCCUCGUCCAGGACAGCACCCCAACAACAGCUGCAGCCACCUCUACCACCACCUGUAGCAGCCCUGCGUCCCGUGCUCCCCAUCUGAGUGGGACCAGCAAAAAGCACUCGGCCGCAAUUCUCCGGAAAGAGCGCCCCCUGCCAAAGAUAGCCCCCGCUGGGAGCAUCAUCAGCCUGAACGCAGCCCAGCUGGCAGCAGCGGCCCAGGCCAUGCAGACCAUCAACAUCAACGGUGUCCAGGUCCAGGGCGUGCCUGUCACCAUCACCAACACCGGAGGGCAGCAGCAGCUGACGGUGCAGAACGUCUCCGGGAACAACCUGACCAUCAGCGGGCUGAGCCCCACGCAGAUCCAGCUACAGAUGGAGCAGGCGCUGGCCGGAGAGGCCCAGCCCGGGGAGAAGCGGCGCCGCAUGGCCUGCACGUGUCCCAACUGCAAGGACGGGGACAAGAGGUCUGGAGAGCAGGGCAAGAAGAAGCACGUGUGCCACAUCCCCGACUGUGGCAAGACCUUCCGCAAGACGUCCUUGCUGCGGGCUCACGUGCGCCUGCACACUGGCGAGCGGCCCUUUGUCUGCAACUGGUUCUUCUGUGGAAAGAGGUUCACACGGAGCGACGAGCUCCAGCGGCACGCCCGCACCCACACAGGGGACAAACGCUUCGAGUGUGCCCAGUGUCAGAAGCGCUUCAUGAGGAGCGACCAUCUCACCAAGCAUUACAAGACCCACCUGGUCACGAAGAACUUGUAA